UAGUCCCGUCGUUGUUCGCACUUCUAUGAUAAAAGAAAUGAUUGAGUGUUACAGGCGACACUGAAUAUUCCGAGGAGGUAUUUUUGCCCAAAAGCAGACAGAAGAAGAAAGGCGUGAUUACAUCAACUAAUGGGCCACGUGGAGACACAACUGUGGAUAUUUGUACAAGAAAAUAAAACCGAGCCAAGGAACCUCCGAGUACAGGUUAUUUCUCAGUGUUGUCUGGUGAAGUUGAAGCACUGUGAACUAUGAGAUGCUUCCAGAAGAUAAAGUGCACGCUGAAAUGUUUGCUCUGGGUUCCGGCUGCACUCUGUGCUCUCUACUUCACACGUCCAUCCGUGCAUAUUUUGAUAGGUUUCAUACCCAUGGAAAAAUGCUCACUGGAAAAUGGAAAGCUGUCAACCCUGGACAACAGCGUUGAUGUCAGCCUCGACUUUUGCUCUCGAACUGACGUUCAAACAUGCACAACUUGGAAAGCUCCUAUUAUCUGGGAGGGGAUGUUUAACCCUAAAAUUUACGACCAGAACCACAAGAAGGAAGGAUCCUCUGUUGCUCUAACAGUGUUUGCUGUGGGAAGGUACUUGGACGAAUACCUCGAGACCUUUCUGAACUCCUCAGAACAUCACUUUAUGGUGGGUUUGCCUGUGUCCUACUACGUAUUUACCGACAUGCCAGAGAAGGUCCCGCACAUCCAUCUCGGUCCUCAGCGAACCUUGAAAAUGAUCAAAGUGCAACGGCACUCAAGAUGGCAGGACAUUUCGAUGAUGCGAAUGAAGACGAUAUCAGAUGUCAUAGAGUCUGAUAUUCGCCACCACUCCACGCAUGUCUUCUGCUUUGAUGUAGAUCAGGUGUUCACUGGCAGAUUUGGCUCAGAGGCUCUGGGAGACUCUGUGGCUCUACUCCACGCCUACUACUACCACCUUCCAAAGAGUUUCUAUACUUAUGACCGAAACCCAAAAUCCAAGGCUUACAUGGAAACCGGGGAUUUCUACUAUCAUGCUGCUGUCUUUGGAGGCUCAUGGAAAAGCGUAAAAUCUCUGGCUGAGGCCUGCUACCAAAACAUCAUGGAGGAUAAACAAAAUAACGUGGAGGCUUUGUGGCACGAUGAAAGUCACCUAAACAAAUACCUGUGGCUGCACAAACCUAGCAGGGUGCUUUCUCCAGAGUACUGCUGGGAUACCCAAAUCGGCUACAGGAGUGACAUUCAAGUCACUCGACUGCUAUGGGCACUAAAACAAUAUGAUAAACUGCGCACACCUUAGUAUUUCUUGGAAUUACACACAAAACCAUGCAAAUGAAAACACAUUUUUCUCCGUACUCACAAAAUAUGCAAAAGUUGGCAACCAUUUCAAAUAAUGGUAUGAAAACAAUACGGCAAAGGAAAAUUUUCCUAGUUACUCAUGCUUCCUCGUUGAGUUCAUUUACACUCA